AUGUGCUGCUGUCGUCAUCACUCUGGAACAGGAACUGUACACAGGCUCCAAAUCGAACUUCAUAUAGUGUCUGAGUUUGUUUUCACGUCUUUUAAAAUCGCGGACUGAAGCAACUAUGACACCUUUAAAAGUGUUGCUUCUGCUUCUGGCUUUGUGGGCCAGUUCGUUCGCCGACGACACGAACAAUCAGCCCCAGCUUGGGACCACUAAAUCACUCACAACCAAGAACACUUCCAGCAUCAGCAUCAGUCCUGACGAGGCUAAUAAAAACAACACCAGCACCAAAAGGAAAUCCCCCGACGGGAGGUUCAGUCUGGACGGCGCGAUGAUUAACAGAGCUCUGUAUGUUCUGAUCGGAAUCACGGCCAUCGGAGUCCUUUAUUUCUUAGUGAGAGCGGUCCGUCUGAAGAAAACAAGUGUUCAGAGGAAGAAAUAUGGGCUCCUGUCAAACUAUGAGGACACAAUGGAGAUGGCACACCUGGAAAGCGAUGAGGAAGACACCACAGUUUAUGAGGCCAAAUCCUUGAGAAGAUGAACCUCUGGGGGUUUUUGACACUGCCAGAAAAAAAGAAUGUGAUGAAGACAAUCCCAUGUUUUCCACUAAAACAGUUGUCAAAUGAUUUUGUUGUCAUUUUCAACAACUGUGGGGUUGACCUAGGAUGCUUAGAUGCUUUUUUUCCAAGAAUAAAGCAGAUUGUGUAGGUUUAUACUAGACCAGUAUUUUUUGGACUUGUAUGACCAAAUAUGUUUUGGUGUCGGAGGGAAAUUAUUCAAGGAUCAAAACUGUGUUUUGUGCCAAAGCUGCUGAUGCAUAAUUUUUCAGUUUGUUGAGUAAAUUGAUGUUAAUUAUUAAUAUUGUAAACAACUGCCCAUCAUUUCCGAUAUAAACACUGAAGGGCUGAAAGUUGUUUUUAUGAAUUUAUGAGACUUUAAUAUAAUUUGGAUACAUUUGUUUUAGAUGUACCAUCAAAUUAUGUUUGAUGUGAUUUUUUUUUUAUGUUUUGUUUCAGAUACCUUUAUAUAUUCUGUUGAAGGGAUAGUUCACCCAAAAAUGAAAAUUCUCCCAUCAUUUACUCACCCUUAUCCCAUCCCAUCCCAGAUGUGUAUGACUUUCUUCUGCUGAACACAAACGAAGAUUUUUAGAAGAAUAUCUCAGCUCUGUUGAUCCAUACAAUGCAAGUGAAUGGUGACCAGACCUUUGAAGCUCCAAAAAGUACAUAA